AUGUCGGCCAGUAACCAGCAACAGCAACCCCAGACACAGCCGCGUAUAUCAGCACCUAACACCACUAUGGCUGAGAUCAUUGUUGGACCCAAGGCAAAACGCUUCACUGUGCAGCUCAAUCGCAUCGUCUACUACUCGCCCUUCUUCCUCGCUGCCCUAACAGGACCCUUUAAGGAAGCCAAAGACAAAGUCGUCACCCUACCCGACACUGAGGCGAACAUCUUUGAGCUAUUCGUCCACUGGCUGUACCAUCAACGCUUUCCUACACAGGGGGACUCUCCCCGACUACUCGCGCUUUACAGCGGCGGCGACAGAUACCCAUACUUCGAAUCCGCUAGGCUGAUGAGACUCUACGUGUUCUCCGAUAAGUACAACAUCCCUAAGCUGAACCGAGAUUGCCUGGAUGCGCUCUUCGAGCAUGUCGGCGAUAGCGAUGGAUAUAAACUGCCGGAUCUAAACGACGUUGCCUACGCGGUCAAGAACUUGAACGAUGAGGAUCCGCUUCUUCGCAUGAUUGUCGACGGCUUCUGCUACUACGGUAACAGUGUCUGCUGGGAGACUGACCAGAUCCAGAAGUUGCCGCUUCCUUUCAUAGCACGGUUGAUGAGACAUAUGAGCGACUUUCGCGAUUAUGGUAUGGAAGACGUUAAGGAGCCUGAAUUAUGCGACUAUCAUGGUCAUGCAUCGAGUGAGGAGAGGGAGGCGUGCGAGAAUAGGAGAGAGAUGGAGGAGCAGGCGAGGGAGAUGAUACAGGAUUGA